AUGUGGUUCAGUAAAGCAGGAGGCCACAUGAAGCCAGCGCUGGCAUCGCUGGUGUACGCGCGGCCGCACAUCGCGGCCAAGGCCCUGGCCGAGCUGCUGGGCUGCACCAUGUUCCACUUUAUCGGCUCGCUGUCGCCCACGCCCGUCGCCAAUGGCGUGUCGCUCAUGACGUCCGUCUACUACUCGGCCAAGGUCUCCGGUGCGCACCUCAACCCCACGGUGACCGGCGUCUUUUGCCUGCUGGGCUUCACCAACCCCCUCGAGGCGGCGGUCUACAUGGCCGCGCAGGUGGCUGGCUGCGUGCUGGGCGCACUGCUGCUCGUGGUGGUCGUUCCCGGAUGCGUGGUGGGCAGCGUGCCGGCGGCGGGCGUGCUGGCGUGCUGCUUCGUGCCACGGCCGGGGCUCUCAGUGGCGCGCGUCUUUGCGUGGGAGGCCAUCGGCAUGGUCAUGUUCAUCGUGCCGAUCAUGUCCGUCGUCUGGUACACGCAGACAAAGAGCGGCUACGGCAACACGGGCCCCAUCAUGGUGGGCAUCUCGCUCUACACCAGUGCGCUGGCGGUGGGCGGCUGGACGGGCACCACGCUCAACCCGGCACACAUGCUGGGCUCGGCCAUCGUGUACAAGUGCACCCGGAACACCGUCACGGCGGCCUACGUCGCCAGCCAGGCGCUUGCCACGCUGCUGGUGCCGCUCUUCAUCGCCCCGUGUCUCCGAAAGACCACUGUUGUUUUGCAGGGUGCGGCGGGCUGCAGUGGGCCCAGCAGUGGCAAGGGCGGUGGCAGCAAGGGGGGUGGCGGCACGGUCGACACAAAGAGGGUGGCGGCGCUGCUGCAGCCGCCGCUGCGGCUGCAGCGGCCGCUGCGGCUGCAGCGGCACAAGGUGUACAAGCUGACGCGCAAGCAGUACUACAUGGAGAGCGGUGUGGUCAAGGCCAACACACAGAGCGCGGCCUGGCAGAGCUUGCCCGGCCAUGCGGCAGGCGCUGGCGACACUGGCUGUGGAGGGCGCUCCAAGUGCGUGGAUGCGGAGGGCUUUGGUGCUGUGAGACGCUGUGGGCGGGGAGCGCCUGAAGCCGCGGAUGGCACCCAGGCGGGCAGCAAAAAGAAGGUGAUCGUGGCCUACAGUGCCGUGAAGUUUGCGCUGGUGGGCCCGGGCGAGCUGGCAGUGCCGACGUCGCGGGCGUCCAAGGAGUGCUGCCAGCGGCUUGUGACGUUUCCUGUGGAUGAGUUCAGGAUGGUGGCGGUGUGGAAUGGAGACAAGGCGACGGUCUUGCAGGAUUUCUGGAGCCAGUCCCUCAUGUGGCAGAAGCAGGCUCCGUACAAGGAUGGACCAUCAAUGCUGUGCAGGAUUUCUUCCACAAGGCUGACCAGGUUGCUGAGAGCGCUUUGA